AUGGGGGUCAACCAGUCCGUGGGCUUUCCACCUGUCACAGGACCCCACCUCGUGGGCUGCGGGGAUGUGAUGGAGGGCCAGAGUCCCCAGGGGAGCUUCUUCCGACUCUUCUACCCCUGCCGGUCAGAGACCAUGGAGCAGCCCCUGUGGAUCCCCCGCUACGAGUACUGCGCUGGCCUGGCCGAUUACCUGCAGUUCAAUAAGCGCUGGGGAGGUCUGCUCUUCAACCUGGCUGUGGGAUCUUGUCGCCUGCCUGUUAGCUGGAAUGGCCCCUUUAAGAGAAAGGACUCUGGAUACCCUUUGAUCAUCUUCUCCCACGGCCUGGGAGCUUUCAGGACACUAUAUUCCGCCUUCUGCAUGGAGCUGGCCUCCCACGGCUUUGUGGUGGCUGUGCCAGAGCACAGGGAUGGGUCAGCUGCCACCACCUGUAUCUGCAAGCAGGUCUCUGAAGAGAAGCAGCCCUCGAAUGAGCUGCUGGAGGAGGAAUGGAUUCCCUACCGUCCAGUUAAGGAAGGGGAAAAGGAAUUUCACGUUCGGAAUUGCCAGGUGUAUCAGCGGGCAGAUGAGUGUACUCGGGUGCUGAAGAUCCUGCAAAAGGUCACUGCUGGGGAGCCUGUCCUCAACAUCUUGGCUGAUGGGUUGGAUCUGAUGACCUUGAAGGGCAGCAUCGACAUGAGCUGUGUGGCUGUCAUGGGGCAUUCGUUUGGAGGAGCCACAGCUAUUCUGGCUUUGGCUCAGGAGACCCAGUUCCGGUGUGCUGUGGCUCUGGAUGCUUGGAUGUUCCCUCUGGAACGUGACUUUUACUCAAAGGCCCGAGGCCCAGUAUUCUUCAUCAAUGCUGAGAAAUUCCAGACAGUGGAGAGUGUCAACUUGAUGAAGAAGGUGUGUGCCCAGCAUGAACAGUGCAGGAUCAUCACUGUCCUUGGUUCUGUUCAUCGGAGUCAAACUGACUUUGCUUUUGUGUCUGGGAACUGGAUUGGUAAAUUCUUCUCCACUCAAAACCGUGGGACCUUGGACCCCUAUGAAGGUCAAGAGACAGUGGUACGGGCCAUGCUGGCCUUCCUGCAGAAGCACCUUGACCUGAAAGAGAACUAUGACCAAUGGAACAACUUCAUUGAAGGCAUUGGACCAUCGCUCACCCCAGGGGCCCCACACCAUCUGUCUAGCCUCUAG